AUGAAAUUUACGAUGAAUAUGAACAAUUAAAAUUAGAACAAGUAGAAACCCAAAAAUCAAAAGGAAGAUUAGAAGCAGUUGCUAUGCUCCGUGAAUCAAAUGAACGAAAUAAGGAAAUCCAC